AUGGAAACAUUUGAUUCUUACAACUUGUUUAGGGCUACAAAUAUUGAUGGUUGUGAUUUUGAAAGUCAUCUAGAAGGUCAUGAUGACACUUUUAUGGAAAAAAUAGAAGAUGCAUACACUCCAUUAUAUCCACAAUGCACUAAAUAUACUAAGUUAUCGUCAAUUGUUGCAUUGUAUAAGGUUAAAACUACCAAUGGAUGGUCUGACAAAAGUUUUGAUGAAUUGUUAAGACUUUUGAAUGAUAUGUUUCCUUUAGAUAAUAUGAUCCCCAAGUCUAUGUAUGAGGUUCGAAAAUUUCUUCGAUUAUUUGAUUUAGGAUAUGAAAAGAUUCAUGCGUGUGUUAAUGAUUGCUGUUUGUUUAGAAAAGAUAAAGAAAACUUGCAAGAAUGUCCAACAUGUGGAACUUCACGUUGGAUGUCAGAUAAGCUGACUAAAAAGGUUCGACAUGGUGUCCCAGCAAAAGUUUUGAGGUACUUUCCUAUAAUCCCUAGGUUGAAACGGAUGUUCAUGUCUAAAAUAAUUUCAAAGGAAUUAAGAUGGCAUCACAACAAUAAAAGUUGCGAUGGAAAAAUGCGUCACCCAGUGGAUUCAGCAGCAUGGGAGCUAGUCAAUGAUAAAUGGCCAUCAUUUUCAAAUGAAGAGAGAAAUAUUAGACUUGGCCUUUCCACAGAUGGAUUUAACCCAUUUAGACCUAACCAACCUGGGAAUGAUAUUGAUAUAUACUUAGAACCCCUCGUAGAGGACUUGAAAUUAUUAUGGAAUGAGGGUGUUGAUGCUCAUGAUGCAUUGGACAAUACAAAUUUCAAGUUGCGGGCUAUUUUGAUGUGGACAAUCCAAGAUUUUCCAGCAUACGGGAACCUUGCUGAGAAAAAUGUUUGUGAAAGCAUUUGCAAUACAUUGCUAGAUGUUGCUGGAAAAAGUAAAGAUGGACUAAAAGCUCACUUGGAUUUGCAACAUAUGGGUAUUAGGAGUGCAUUACACCCACAAGAGAAGGGGACUAGAACCUAUCUUCCUGCAGCUUUACACACACUAUCAAAGCUUGAGAAAGAAUUAUUUUGUAAAAGGUUGUUCUCAUUGAAAGUACCUGAUGGAUAUAGUUCAAAUAUUCGAAAUUAUGUUUCAAUGGAACAAUGCAAGCUCAUGGGCCUUAAGUCACACGAUUGCCACAUUUUGAUGCAACAAUUACUACCGGUGGCUAUAAAAGGAUUGAUGCCAUUGGGUCCAAGAGAUGCUAUAAUAAGAUUAUGCACGUUCUUUAAUCGAAUAUGUCUACGUGUUCUUGAUAGAGAAAGCAUAAUGACAUUAGAAAAUGAUGUUAUUGAAACUUUAUGCUUACUAGAGAGAUUCUUUCCACCAUCAUUUUUUGAUGUCAUGAUUCACUUAGUGGUUCAUAUCGGACGAGAAGCACGACUAUUUUAUGUGAACAUACUAUUAAUGAUGAGCAAUUGUGUGAUUAAUAGACGCAUGAAGAUAUUGAAAGAUUAUGUCAGAAAUCGAGCAAGGCCUGAAGGUUGUAUUGCAGAGUGUUAUCUUGCAGAUGAGUGUGUGAGCUUUUGUAAUGAAUUCACUGACCAUUCAAUUGAACUAAACACAAAAGAAGGUCGAAAUGAAGAGUGGUCAAAUGAUGUGAUACUUGAAGGUCGUCCAAUUUCUAGGAGGAAAGAAAUUAUAUUGACAGAUGAGUUGUUAGAAAUUGCACAUCGAUACAUUCUGUUAAAUACAUCUGUUGUGGAGCCUUUUCUAGAGUAA